CAAUUGAUUUAGGUUUUGUAGGGGCCUCCCUGCCACGGUCCUUGUAGCGCGAGCUAUGGCUUGGAUCGCUAGGGUUGGCCUAGAACGUCCUUUCGCCCUCUUGAUAGGAAGCCAGGAGCAUUCCAAAUCGUAUGCUUUUCGGUGCCAUAGCGGUGAUUACAGUCCCUUGUGUGUGCUCUGCGAUGUCAAAUACCCGAUAGGAAGUGCCGUCUGACGCAUCUCUUGUGCGUUUGAUCACAAAAGGGUCUCUGAGAGCUAGCGAAGAGUUCGGCCGCGCGAGGAUGAUAACAAGAGAUUUUAGGGCGAAGAAUCGAACACGGGACGCCAAGAAAUCCGGAAUCGAACCAAAAUCUAUGCUAGUCCCUUUGGGCGAAGAAUCGAACACGCGACGUUAGCAAAUCCAGGAUCGAAUAAACGUUGAUUGGGAUUCGAAACUUUUGAAUUAAAACUAAAGAACGAUGAAAUAAAUGCGCCACAAUUUCUAAAUUGUGAGGUACGAAAUUUGUACGGUGGCCGUAUGCUUUAGGCAUUGUCAUAUGGGCAAGACGAAGCUCGCGGUGGUGGCGGCGGGCGAGAGCGGCAUUUUCAUCACGCAGCCAUUCCCGGUGGAUGCCAAUGGUGAGCCCAAGAGCGUCAUGGUCGGCCACUCGAUCAGCGCCAACUUCGUGGUGAUCAACGGUAGCGACGAUGGGGUCGUGUUGCGGGCGGUGCGCAUCGCGGCAUCGGGCACGCUCAGAGGCUUCCACGGCCUCGCGCUCACCGGCUCCGAGGUGAUAGCAUCGUCUUCCUCGAGCAGCAGGAGCUUGGACUUUGUCCGAUCCAUUCGGCUACAGCCCGGGAGCCAUGUCUCCUUCACCAUCACCUUCUCUCCCCGCGAAGUUGGCUACUACCCGGCCAGGAUCCUGUGCGACUUGCAACCGGCGUGGAGAGUCGUGCAGCACAUCCAGGCCACCGGAGACGAUGAAGUUUCCAAGGAUUCGCGGCCGACGGCUCCGUAUCGCAGGCCCAAGCCCAAGAGGAUGCUUCGAUCUCGCGACAUUGUUCCUGGCGUCUCGCCACCGGCACCCAAGUUUGAGCUUGUUCUACCACCAUUUUGGAUGCCUGCUGGUGUGAGGAGGGACUUCCAAAAGAAGAUCACUCCGCGGGUAUUCAAGGACGGCCUCUCGCCUGCGACUUACGCCCGCUACUUCGCGGCGCUUCUCUAUGCCGAAGAGUACCAAAUGGAGUAUGAUAUCCGAGCCUAUGACAUGGAAAACGUGACAAUGAGGCAAAGCACCGAGAGGUUCCUCGUUUUGAAAGUGCUCGGCCUUGCCGAGAGACGACCUUCCGUGAUCUACAGGGAUCGAAUCUACGUGAGGCUUGCCGGUACGCAAGACAAGGAAUACGAAGGAUGUGUACACCGAGUUACGGCCGAGGAGGUUUUCCUCAAGUUUGCCAACGAUUUCCACCGGGUGUUCAUCCAGGGCACCCGUUUGCACGUCCGGUUUUCCUUCUCCAGAUCCAACUUGAGGCGAUGCCACCAUGCAGUCACCCGCAUUUCUCCCCAGCUUUGCAACAUGUUCGUGUUUCCAAGCUCGAUCAUCUCGCCACCACCACCACCACCGCUGAGGUUCCAUCCCAUAAGCCGUGGUUCGCUCAACGAAGAACAGAUGUCCGCGGUGCAAGAGAUCGUCGCAAAGAGAGGUGCUCCGCCAUACAUCGUCUUCGGUCCACCAGGCACUGGCAAAACCGUGACGGUGGUCGAGGCCAUCUUGCAAGUCCGUCGCCACAACAAGGACGCGGUCAUCUUGGCCUGUGCUCCCUCCAACAAUGCCUCGGACCUCUUGCUCGAGCGCCUGGCCAAGUUCGUGGAGAACCGACACAUGCUCCGUCUCAAUGCUUUCACGCGCUCACUCGCCGACAUCCCUGACAAAGUGAAGGAAUUCUCCAAUGGUUUUGGUGCCGGUGAUGACAGCCAGUCUGCCGAUUGCCCGAGUCGAGAGAAGCUCAUGUCUUUCCAGGUCGUCGUCACGACAUGUCUCAGUGCCUCGAUGCUCCACUCUCGGGGUGUUCCCGCCGAUCACUUUUCUCACAUCUUUCUGGACGAAUCUGGCCAGGCAACCGAGCCCGAGGCGAUGGUGGCGGCCAUCAACUUUGCGGCCCCAAGCACCGUGCUUGUUCUUGCGGGGGAUCAUCAGCAGCUCGGCCCCGUGAUCCGGUCGUCGCUGGCGGACAAGUUCGGCCUCAGCAAGUCGUUCCUGGAGCGUCUCAUAUCCUCGCCGCCUUACACCCCUCCCUUCAAGAAGGAAAUGGUGACGAAGCUUGUGAGAAACUAUCGCUCGCAUCCCAGCAUCUUGGAUCUACCAUCAAGGCUCUUUUACCAGGGCGAACUGGUUCCGUGUGCUGGAGAGUUCUCUCGCUCCUUGUGCGAGUGGGACUGGCUUCCAAACAAGAGAUUCCCAGUCCUAUUCAUUGGCGUGGAAGGGAAAGACUCGCGGGAGGGCAAUAGUCCGUCGUGGUUCAAUCCAGAAGAAGUGAGCAAAGUGAUGGAGGUGGUGAGAAGCCUGAGGGAUAUGAGGAGGAACAAGCCCUUGCCAACGGAGAUCGGGAUCAUCACACCAUACCGCAAGCAGGUCCAGAAGAUCAAAGGCUCCUUAUCGAAAGAGAGGCUCGCAGAGAUCAAAGUUGGAAGCGUGGAGGAGUUCCAGGGCCAGGAGAAGCGUACCAUCAUCGUGAGCACCGUCCGCUCGUCACUGGAGUUCCUGGAGCACGACAAGAAGUUCAACCUGGGCUUCUUGUUCAAUCCCAAGCGCUUCAAUGUGGCCAUCACUCGCCCGCAAGCGCUGCUCGUCGUCGUGGGCAACCCGGGCAUCCUCUCCAAGAACGAGCACUGGAACGCGUUCCUGCGCUAUUGCAUCCGGAAUGGAUCAUACACUGGCUGCCCGAUUCCAUCACCCGACGCCGCUGGCAAUAUUCCUGACUACCUGGAGACCAGCGACGAUGAAGCCAAGGACCAGCCAUGGCGCGAAGCAGUCUAGCGAGAGAUCCUUGGCCAUGAAAGACUCAGCAGCAAAUGCCUAGGCUGGUUAACUGCAGGAGGCCAUGUUUCCAUUAAGCUAAUGAUCGUUCUUUCGCAAAGCUUACCUUCUCAAAGAGAGGAAGUGGAGCAUGAUUCUCGGCCAUGAAAGAAUUCGCAGCAAAUG